UGGUGGUAAUGGCUCAGGUUGGUGGUAGAUCAGUGGCCAUGGGGCAGGACUGUGAUCUCUUCCUGCACCCAGAGCUGCUCUCCAAGGAUUUCCUGCUGCUGUCUCUAGGGCAGAAAAAUAUUGUAGUGGAAGAUUCUGAGCGUGAUAAGGAGAAGUUAACUGAAAUCUUUGUCCAGCAUGCCAUGCCCCUUCCUCAAAGAGCUUUGCCGAAGAGUCGGUGGGGUAAAAUGAUGGAAAGUAAGAGAGGAGAGGAAAAGCACACAGAACCACAGAAAAGUUGUAAUGCGGAGAGUGGAAGAAAACGACCUCUCAUAGUGUUUGAUGGAAGCUCUACUAAUACUAGCAUAAAGGUUGAAAAAGACAGAAAAUGGAGACACAGCUCAGAGACUUAACCCCCUGCAUAUGGAAAAAGCAAACAGUACUAUCCGAACAGAACAGCCAACCAGCCCAGUGUCCAAACUUUGUUCUCCUUCUGCCAAAGUAGUCAAAACUAGUAACAAUGGACAGCAGGCCAGAAGCCCAGGAACCAAUGAAUCAACAGGAAAAGUAAAAACACAAACACCUCCAAGUGCAAGUGCUGUAAAAAUAAAAAGAGCUGCUCCAAAGGAGGACUCUGAUGUGACAAGCGAUGUAAAACCUUCAGAAGCAAAGAAGAAGAUUACACAUGUUACAUGGCCUUGA